AUGUUGACAGCAAGCCAAGACGACGAAUGCUCUUGUAAAGGUUCUUCUGCUGCGUGUGGGAUAAUUAUAACCUUCGCAUUGACGCCUGCGACUCUCGUCAUAGGCAUAGCGCUGCUACUAAUUCUGGACCGAAAGCAUCGGACUCUGAUCAGGAUAAAGUCCGUCCGUUAUAUUAGAAGCCAUGGGGCCCAGGGCUUUGCCGGCAAGGAUCUCCCGCCAAUGCCCGUUCUGUCGGUGAUGCAUAACGUCCGUGGCUCACAACUCCCGGAACUCACCUGGCCCACUCGAUCGAGACCGUGGUGGCUCUGGCCCUCUGGCCCCGCUACCAUAUUCUACGUCGUCUCUCACCUGCUGCCGUCAUCUCGAACUUCACGCUCCGGCAUCAGAAAUCAGAAAGCAGCAACGCGGUCAAUGGCCAUCACGGCCGUCAUCAACGGUGGGAAUGACCUUGCUUGUGCAGCAUCCGGACCCAUUCCAUCCCAUCUAUUCGAAGAUCAAUAUCCGGCAAACACGAACGGGAGAGCCAAUGAGAAAGCCGUUAUUGUCAAAGGCUCGGCAGCUCGGUAUCGGACGACACAUGCCCGGUACUGUAAUCUUGAGCUCUUUUCGAGAGUCCCGACCGCACGUAAAGAGUUCGAGCACGUCCCAGCUACCGAGAUUUCCUACCGACAUUAUACAUGCCGCCGUCGAAUCCCAGCACACUCGGCAUCAGAUGGAUCGCAGAUCAGCGAGGGUACCUACACCUUCGGCAUCGCGAUGCCAGCGACGGCAUCAUCCGACUUUAUUGGCCGGAUUAGCAGCCAGGGGAACGCCGGAUGGGCUGGUAUCUCGCUGGGUGGACCCAUGCGAGGCAGUCUCAUGGUCGUCGCACGCCCGAACGAAGGUGCCGUCAUUGGUUCCCUACGGCUGGCUACGGGCUAUGCAAAUCCUGGUGUUUACUCCGGAGCCGCCACUCUGGAAAUCAUUGCCGAAGGAACUGCCUAUGAUACCGAAUCAACGAACUUCACCAUGACUUUUCUCUGCAAGGGAUGUCUGCAAGGCGAUGACAGCACGUUCGCGGCAGCUGAUGCGACGACGAACCUAGGCUGGGCUACCUCCUCGGUAGAUGUGACGACUCCAGCCGAUGCCUCGACGGUGCUCGGUUACCACGAUACGGGCUUCGGGCUUUUUGCCGUCGAUCUUGCUGCAGCACAAUCAGCUUCUUUUGCCGAGUGGGCAGCGCUGGCUUCUCAAUCUUACUCAAAUAGCCCAGCGACCCCAACUAACCCAACCGCAGGCGGGGGGGCGAAUGGGUACGGCAACAACACUGCUCCGGCCACCCCGCCCACGGUUUCCAACACUACCUACGAUUACAUAGUCAUUGGUAGUGGGCCAUCCGGCCUGAUCUCAUCUCAGCGUCUCACCGAGACAGGGAAAUCCGUUCUUCUCAUUGAACGUGGAAUGGCAACCACCUUCUCGUCGGGUGGCGAGAGAUUUGUUCCCUGGAACAAUUCCCUCACCUACUAUGACGUGCCAGGCGUUUGGGGUUUCAUGAACGAGGGCACUCAGGGUGAAGCAUACUGCACAGACACUGCUGCGAUUGCCGGGUGCGCUCUUGGUGGAGGCGGAGCUGUGAAUGCGAUGGCCUUUAUCCGUCCUGCCAACUUUGACUUUGAUGACAAGUGGCCUGAGACUUGGAAAUCGGCCGACCUAGCACCUGCCGCGGAACGUCUGUAUUCAAGAAAUCCAGGAACUACCAUUCCUUCCAAUGAUGGAAUCUCCUACGAUAAUGCUACGCAAGCCGUACUCGAGCCAUUUUUCGAGCAGAACGGAUGGAGUAAUACUGAUUACGUCAAUGACCCCGACAGCAAAGAUCAAGUCUACGGUCUCCCUUCACUCAACGUUGCCAACGGGCUGCGCUCCGGCCCUAUCCAUACGUACUUGCCAUUGGCUCAAGCAAAACCGGAUUUCACCCUGGCUUUACAUACCAAAGUGAUUCGUAUACUACGCAAUGCUUCGACAAUCACUGGUGUUGAGGUAGAGAAUGCGUCGGGUAGGGAGAUCAUCAACUUGAACCCCAGUGGUGCCGUGAUCCUCGCUGCUGGUUCCAUGUCAACACCUAGACUUCUAUUCAAUUCAGGCAUUGGUCCAACUGAGCAGAUUAACAUCGUCAAAUCAAGCCCAACUGGCGUGACUGUACCUGAAAGCGACUGGAUCAGUUUACCAGUUGGGGUUGGCAUCAAGGACCAUUCGACCUAUGCGCUUAUUUUCAAUGUAACGGGAGGUAUAACCGCCCGUAGCAGGGAAGAGGUUAUGAACCCGAGCGAACUAGACCUGUCACUGUACCAGACCGGCUCGGGCGUGUUAGCACAUUCUCAGCAACGCCUUGACGUAUUCAGAAAGAUCAACAUGACGGAUGGCCACACCAUCGGCUUUCAAAUGCACUGCAUGUCGGUCAACGUAAACGACACCAUUACCUGCCAGGCCUUCGAGACCCACGGUUUAACGUCUGCCGGGGUGCUAGGGAUCAAGCCCGACCAGGCCACAUAUUUCACUAAGGAGCCUUGGGCAAACAAUGAUGUCGAUCGAAAGGCUUGGGAAAUGUUCAUUGACGAGGUAUUCGAGAUGGCGCGCCAGCCAGGAAGCCCGCUUGUGUACUCUGGCGGUGCCGAAAUGACCGCGGCCGAGUACCUCGCCGCCUCGAAGGUCAGCAAUGGCUAUCAUGUUGUGGGCUCCACCAAGAUGGGCUCUGACGACGGUCGGCGGAACGGCACCGCUGUUGUUGAUCUCGACACCAAGGUCUAUGGCACUGACAACCUGUUCAUUGUCGAUGCCUCUUUCCACCCUGAUCUGCCGACUGGAAACACUCAGGCCCAGGUCAUGGUCGCUGCCGAGCGGGCGAUAGAGAGGAUCAUUGCCCUCCGUGGAGAAACAUGGUCACCCACUGGUGGGUACUCACAAGGUACACCACCACCCACUGGGUACACACCAGCUACGCCACCGACUGGAGAGAAAAGCAACGGCUCUCCCGAAGAUACCCCACCGACUGGAGAGAAAACCAACGGCUACCCCCAAGCGACUUCUCCAGAGUACUGCUGCGAAUUCGAAUUUCAUAUAUUAAACUGGCGCGCGACUUGA